CCGGAGCGGCGCUUCGCUCGUUCGCGAUGGCCAACAACAGACGGAGGGACUUAGGAAACCUGCACCGUUCCAACUGCCGCGCCGGGAGAUCGCACCGGCCCGGCGACCUCUCUCUUUCUGAAAACCACGACAAUAAGGAGCACAGUGCAAGCAUUCUGGCCGUGCCGUUCUCCGGCAACAUAAAGAACGGCCUGCGCGUGGGCAUGAAGAUCACCAUCAUGGGCAUCGUGGACAAGAAUCCAGACAGCUUCACGGUGAGCCUGACGUGCGGCGACUGGACCACGGCCGACGUGGCGUUCAACAUGGCGGCGCUCUUCGGCCCGCGCGCCAUCCUCAGGAACACCAUGCUCUCCGGCUCCUGGGGCAAGGAGGAGUCGACGCUGCCGUACUUCCCUUUCACGCUCGACCAGCCCUUCCGGCUGGAGAUCGCGUGCGAGCACCAGCGCUUCAAGGUGAGCAUCGACGGACACCUCAUCUUCGACUUCUGCCACCGCGUGCAGUCGGUGUCGCUCAUCAACACGCUCAAGAUCAAGGGCAGCGUCACCAUCACCAAGAUCUGCUAAGAGGCCCGAGGGCGCCUCGGCCGCGCCCGCUCGUCGCCGGGUGGUGACGGCGGCGGUGACGGUGGCGGUGGCGGCGGUGGCGGUGAGACGACCACCAGAGAGAAGCGUGCGGUCGCGCUCCACUCAUCGCUCUCCAAACUCGAACUUAAAAAAACAAAACGUAAAAACAACACGCAAGGGGCAUUGCUGCAGCCGCGAUCGGAGGUAACGGAGGUAACGUUUAUUCCCUUUCGUACCGGGGGGGGGGGGGGGGGGAAAAUGUGGUUUUAUUUUAACUUUGUUUACUAACUCCGCUCCAAUCUUUUUUGUUGCUGUCGUUGAGUCUAGCGCGGCGUGGUUCAGGGUCUGGGCGAGCUCCGCUGUGUCUCGGCGGCAGUGCGUCGGCUUGUGUGCGGCCGCGGUUCGUAUCGCCGGGUUUAUAUUUAC